AUGAGCAUAGAAACAACCCCCUCAAAGACGGCUGCGUCUGCCCUCAACGACUUCAAGAUGGAGUCCCCAGUAAAGAAGCUCGAGCUUCAGUUAGAAGCCAACAAGGAGAACCUCGAUGAGCGAUAUGCCUCCGACGAGCUCGCCGUCCCGAUCAAGGGCAUUCCCGAACUGCCAGAAGAGCCGGAGCAAGCAGCUGAGCCAUCUGUCGUAUCUACACUGAACGAAGAGGAGGCAAAGGAGCCCAUACUGCAGGAGAACCCACAGCGAUUCGUGCUGUUCCCAAUCAAGUACCACGAGAUUUGGCAAAUGUACAAGAAGGCAGAGGCAUCAUUCUGGACAGCUGAGGAGAUUGAUCUUUCCAAGGACCUCCACGACUGGAAUAAGCGCCUCAACGAUGACGAGCGCUUCUUCAUCUCCCACGUCCUCGCUUUCUUCGCCGCCUCCGAUGGCAUUGUCAACGAGAACUUGGUCGAACGCUUCAGCUCUGAGGUCCAAAUACCCGAGGCUCGAUGCUUCUACGGUUUCCAAAUCAUGAUGGAGAACAUCCACUCGGAGACUUACUCCCUCCUCAUCGACACAUACAUCAGCGAGCCCAAGCAACGGACGUACCUCUUCAACGCCAUCGACAACAUCCCCUGCAUCCGCAAGAAAGCUGACUGGGCCCUGCGAUGGAUCACCGACAAGAACUCGACCUUUGCAUGCCGUCUGAUUGCUUUCGCCGCUGUCGAGGGUAUCUUCUUCUCUGGCUCAUUCGCCGCCAUCUUCUGGCUGAAGAAGCGUGGUCUCAUGGCUGGACUUACCUUCUCCAACGAGCUCAUCUCCCGUGACGAGGGCAUGCACACUGACUUUGCCUGCCUGCUGUUCUCGCACCUCAAGAACAAGCCAUCGCCACAGCUCGUCCAGGACAUCAUCACUGAGGCCGUCACCAUCGAGCAGGAGUUCCUGACAGACGCGCUGCCAUGCAAGCUCCUUGGCAUGAACUCCGACCUUAUGUGCCAGUACAUCGAGUUUGUCGCCGACCGUCUCCUCCUGGCGCUCGGCAACUCAAAGUACUACAACGCCACCAACCCCUUCGACUUCAUGGAGAACAUCUCGCUGGGCGGCAAGACCAAUUUCUUCGAGAAGCGUGUUGGUGACUACCAGAAGGCGGGUGUCAUGGAGGGCAUCAAGAAGCAGCAGGCAAAGAAGGACGGCGAGACCUCGACAGAAAAGGCACCCGUUAUGAACGGCGACUUUGCAUUUGACGAGGACUUUUAG